AUGGUAGGCUGUUUGAUGUACUUGCUUGCCACCAGACCUCAUCUUGCUUUUUCUGUGUGCUUAGUGGCAAGAUAUAUGGAAAGACCUACUAAAAUUCAUAUGGCUGCUGUGAAAAGAAUACUUAGAUACUUGAAAGGAACAGCUAACUAUGGUUUAUGGUAUGAAAGAGGCAAAGGAGAAGAGUUGGUUGGUUGGUCUGAUUCUGAUUAUGCUGGUGAUAUUGAUGACAGAAGAAGCACAUUUGGCUAUGUGUUUAUGAUUGGUACCAAGGCAGUUUCAUGGUCAUCUAAGAAGCAACCAAUUAUGACAUUAUCCACCACUGAAGCUGAAUUUAUUGCUGCAGCUAGUAGUGCUUGUCAAGGAAUUUGCCUGUCCAGAAUUCUGACUCAAAUUGAUGCAAGGGAGAAAAGUUGCAUUACCAUAUAA